UCAGCUUAGCGCAGCGCAGCCAGCCUGGCCAGCUGCGCGUCCCAGUGCCCUCUCCCUGCCACCACCGCCGUGCUGCGCUGGAGCGCACGGAGCAUGGCCAGAGCCGCAGAAGCUCAGGUGCUUGGUGUUCGAGGGGCUUGUGAGCUUCGGUGAUCGGCUGUCACGCCCAGACAGACCUGUCUGCGGAGAUUGCCCAGAAUCUGCCUAGGCGCGGGUGACACUGCGGCGCGUUUGCAGGGUGACAGCCGCCUCGCGGUUGAUGCAUCUUGGGCUCCGUGCGUCCUCCGUCCUCCCAUCCUCUGCUCUUUUGCUCAAAGGUUCACGCCCGCAGGCUCCGGAGCGCGACGUGUGCGUCCCCGUACCCGGUGUCUCUUCCUAAGGAGCCUUCUCACUUCGGAGACGCAAUGACAAGUUAAAAUGGGCGUCCACGCCUCGGUUUCCCAGGAGAAGAAUUGCCAGAGGCAGCCGUCCCCGAGAGCCCAGAGCUUCUGAACAGGCCGCCCACUGCGACAUCCGCGCAGGUGGGACCUGCUUAGGGCAGUGACUAGCCUGCCACCCGGCAGGCGCACUCGCAGGAUUUCCCCAGUUCCCCGACCCGGGGAUUUUGUUUUUUGUUUUUUUCUUCCACUGUUGGUGGGCGCCUCGCGGGCCGAGGCCCGGCGCCUGCUCGGCUGCCCGCGCUGCCUUUAGCGGUCGCCUCCGCCGCCGCUGCCAGGGACGUGCUGGGAAAGCCAAAGCCCCGGGAGAAGAUGCCGGCCAUCCUGGUAGCCUCCAAAAUGAAAUCGGGACUGCCCAAACCCGUGCACAGCGCCGCGCCCAUCCUGCACGUGCCCCCGGCCCGGACUGGUCCUCAGCCCUGCUACCUUAAGUUGGGAAGCAAGGUAGAGGUGAGCAAGACGGCCUACACUAGCCAAAUCCCCCUGAAAUCGCAGGGGCUGCAGGAGCCGCCGGGGGAGGGGCUCCCGUUGCGGAAGAGCAGCUCUCUGGAGAACGGGUUCGAUACCCAGAUCUACACGGAUUGGGCCAAUCAUUACCUCGCUAAAUCCGGCCACAAACGCCUCAUCAAGGACCUCCAGCAAGAUGUGACCGAUGGCGUGCUCCUGGCCCAGAUCAUCCAGGUUGUAGCAAAUGACAAGAUUGAAGACAUCAAUGGCUGUCCAAAGAACAGAUCGCAAAUGAUUGAAAACAUAGAUGCCUGCUUGAAUUUCCUGGCAGCUAAGGGAAUCAACACCCAGGGGCUGUCUGCAGAAGAGAUCAGGAAUGGGAACCUCAAGGCCAUUCUAGGCCUCUUCUUCAGCCUCUCCCGAUACAAGCAGCAGCAGCAGCAGCAGCCGGAGAAGCAGCAUCUCUCCUCAUCCCCUCUGCCACCUGCCGGGUCUCAGGUGGCCGGGGCGCCUCCCCAGUGCCAGGCUGGCAUUCCUCAGCAACAGGGGCUGGCCACUCCCCAAGCCCCGUGCCAGCCAGUUCCACAUCAGCAAGCAAAAACACAAGCGGAAAUGCAGUCCAGACUCCCAGGUCCUACCGCGAGGGUGGCCGCUGCAGGCAGCGAGGCCAAAACACGCGGAGGCUCAGCCACUGCCAACAACCGUCGGAGCCAGAGCUUUAACAACUACGACAAGUCCAAACCUGUCACCUCUCCACCCCCACCCACACCACCAAGUAACCAUGAGAAAGAGCCAUUGGCAAGCUCAGCCUCCUCCCAUCCCGGAAUGAGCGAAAAUGUACCUGCACCCUUGGAGAACAGCCCUGCCAUCCCUGUUAACUGCUCCUCCUCCGCCAUCCCCCAGCCCAGCAUGACCUCCAAGCCUUGGCGCAGCAAGUCCCUCAGCGUGAAGCACAGUGCCACGUCAUCCAUGCUGUCCGUCAAACCCGCUGGGCCCGAGGCCCCCAGGCCCACGCCUGAAGCCGUGAAGCCUGCCCCCAACAACCAGAGAUCCAUGUUGGAGAAGCUCAAACUUUUCAACAGCAAGGGAGGCUCCAAAGCAGGCGAGGGCUCAGCAUCCCGGGACACGAGCUGUGAGCGGCUCGAGAUCCUGCCCAGCUUUGAGGAGAGUGAAGAGUUGGAGGCCGCUAACAGGGCGCUUUCUACUGCAGGCCCUGCAUCCAGCAGCCCCAAGAUUGCGCUCAAGGGCAUUGCGCAGAGGACUUUCAGCAGGGCGCUUACCAAUAAGAAGAGCUCCCCAAAGGGUAAUGAGAAAGAGAAGGAGAAGCAGCAGCGGGAGAAGGAGAAGGAGAAAGAGAAGGGCAAGGACCUCACCAAGAGAGUCUCCGUGACCGACCGGCCUGACCUCAAGGAAGAACCCAAGGAAGAGCUCGGUGGGGUGGUUGCGACUGAGAUGCCGAAGAAGUCCUCCAAGAUCGCCAGCUUCAUCCCCAAAGGCGGCAAGCUCAACAGCACCAAGAAGGAGGCUGCGGCUCCAUCGCACAGCGGCAUACCAAAGCCAGGAAUGAAGAACAUGCCUGGGAAGUCCCCAAGUGCCCCCAUACCUCCCAAGGAAGGAGAGAGGAGCAGAGGGAAGCUGAGCUCGGGGCUGCCUCCCCAGAAGGCCCAGCUGGACAGCAGGCACUCUAGCUCCUCCUCCAGCCUGGCAUCCUCAGAGGGCAAAGGCCCCGGAGGGAGCUCUCUGAACCACAGCAUCAGCAGCCAAACCGUCAGCGGCUCCAUCGGGACCACACAGACCACUGGAAGCAAUACCGUCAGCGUUCAGUUACCUCAGCCUCAGCAGCAAUACAACCAUCCCAACACAGCCACGGUUGCACCUUUUCUGUACAGGUCCCAGACAGACACCGAGGGGAAUGUCACUGCCGAGUCCAGCUCAGCGGGUGUGAGCAUGGAGCCCAGCCACUACACCAAGAGUGGACAGCCUGCUCUGGAAGAACUCACUGCAGAAGACCCCGAGGCUCGCCGGCUUCGGACAGUAAAGAACAUCGCAGACCUACGACAGAAUUUAGAAGAGACCAUGUCCAGUUUACGGGGAACUCAGGUUACACACAGUACAUUAGAAACUACGUUUGACACCAACGUCACCACAGAGAUAAGCGGCCGCAGCAUCCUUAGCCUCACAGGAAGACCCACUCCUCUGUCCUGGAGACUCGGACAGUCAAGCCCCCGGCUCCAGGCAGGAGAUGCCCCUUCGAUGGGCAAUGGGUAUCCGCCUCGAGCCAACGCCAGCCGCUUCAUCAGUGCCGAGGCAGGCCGCUAUGUCUACUCUGCCCCUCUGAGAAGGCAACUGGCCUCCAGGGGCAGCAGCAUCUGCCACGUGGAUGUCUCGGAUAAGGCAGGCGACGAAGUAGACCUGGAAGGCAUCAGCAUGGACGCCCCUGGCUACAUGAGUGAUGGUGAUGUCCUCAGCAAGAACAUCCGAACUGAUGACAUCACUAGCGGGUAUAUGACAGAUGGUGGACUCGGCCUUUACACUCGCCGCCUGAACCGGCUUCCUGAUGGGAUGGCUGUGGUGCGAGAGACCCUACAACGAAAUACCUCCCUGGGCCUCGGGGAUGCCGACAGCUGGGAUGACAGCAGCUCCGUCAGCAGUGGCAUCAGCGACACCAUAGACAACCUCAGCACGGAUGACAUCAACACCAGCUCGUCCAUCAGCUCCUAUGCCAACACACCUGCCUCCUCCCGGAGAAACCUGGAUGUGCAGACUGACGCUGAGAAGCACUCACAGGUGGAGAGGAAUUCCCUGUGGUCUGGUGACGACAUCAAGAAAUCAGAUGGCGGCUCAGACAGUGGUGUGAAGAUGGAGCCGGGCUCCAAGUGGAGGCGGAAUCCUUCGGACAUGUCCGAUGAGUCGGACAAAAGCGUGUCUGGCAAGAAGAAUACAGUCCUCUCACAGACAGGCUCAUGGCGGAGAGGCAUGACCACAGAGGUGGGCAUCACCAUGCCAAGGACCAAGCCAUCAGCUCCUCCGACGGGCACACUGAAGACCCCGGGGACUGGAAAAACAGACGAUGCCAAGGUGUCUGAGAAGGGAAGGCUUUCGCCCAAAGCUUCCCAGGUCAAGCGCUCCCCAUCGGAUGCUGGCCGCAGCAGUGGGGACGAGUCCAAAAAGACCCUCCCCAGCAGCUCUAGGACGGCCACGGCCAAUGCCAACAGCUUUGGUUUCAAAAAACAGAGCGGCUCUGCUGCUGGGCUGGCCAUGAUCACAGCCAGUGGGGCUACCGUCACCAGCAGGUCUGCCACACUGGGUAAAAUCCCCAAGUCGUCUGCCCUCGUCGGUCGGUCCACGGGUCGGAAGACAAGCAUGGAUGGAGCCCCAAACCAGGAUGAUGGGUAUCUGUCUCUCAGCUCACGGACAAACUUACAGUACCGGAGCCUGCCUAGGCCCAGCAAGUCCAACAGCCGGAACGGAGCAGGGAAUAGAUGUAGCACCAGUAGCAUCGACUCUAACAUGAGCAGCAAGUCAGCAGGCCUGCCGGUGCCCAAGCUGAGGGAGCCCUCCAAAACAUCCCUGGGCAGCUCCCUACCAGGGCUCGUCAACCAGACGGACAAGGAGAAAGGCAUCUCUUCAGACAAUGAGAGCGUGGCUUCCUGCAACUCUGUGAAAGUGAACCCAGCCACCCAGCUGGUAUCCAGCUCAGGUCAGGCCACUCUGCAGCCAGGGACCAAGUACGCAGAUGUGGCCUCUCCCACACUCCGAAGACUCUUUGGUGGGAAGCCUACCAAGCAAGUCCCCAUCGCCACAGCCGAAACCAUGAAAAGCGCAGUGGUCAUCUCCAACCCUCAUGCCACUAUGACCCAGCAAGGUAACCUAGAGUCCCCCUCAGGCAGUGGCGUCCUGAGCAGUGGGAGCAGCAGUCCUCUCUACAGUAAGAAUGCGGACCUCAACCAGUCUCCUCUAGCGUCCAGCCCCAGCUCAGCCCACUCGGGCCCGUCUAACAGCCUCACCUGGGGUACCAGCUCGUCGGCAGUGAGCAAGGACGGCCUGGGCUUCCAGUCUGUUAGCAGCCUGCACACCAGCUGCGAGUCUAUUGACAUAUCCCUCGGCAGCGGCGGGGGCUUGAGUCACAACUCCUCCCCUGGUCCAGUCGCCUCCACUAAGGAAGACUCCCUGAUGCCUUUUGUCCGUACCAGCAGUGUGAAGACCACACUGUCGGAAAGCCCUCUCUCUUCCCCCGCUGCUAGCCCUAAGUUCUGCAGAAGUACUCUGCCCAGGAAACAGGACAGUGACCCGCACCUUGAUAGGAACACUUUGCCUAAGAAAGGACUCAGGUAUACACCCACCUCCCAGCUUCGCACGCAGGAAGACGCCAAAGAAUGGUUCCGGUCCCACUCAGCUGGGGGCCUGCAGGACACUGCGACCAACUCCCCCUUUUCCUCCGGCUCUAGUGUCACCUCUCCUUCAGGAACAAGAUUCAACUUCUCUCAGCUUGCGAGCCCCACCGCUGUCACCCAGAUGAGCUUGUCCAACCCAACGAUGCUGAGGACCCACAGCCUGUCCAACGCGGACGGCCAGUAUGACCCCUACACGGACAGCCGCUUCCGGAACAGCUCCAUGUCUCUGGAUGAGAAGAGCAGAACAAUGAGUCGGUCGGGCUCCUUCCGGGAUGGGUUUGAGGAAGUUCAUGGAUCCUCCCUGUCCUUGGUUUCCAGCACAUCCUCCAUCUACUCUACGCCGGAAGAAAAAUGCCAGUCAGAGAUUCGAAAGCUGCGGCGAGAGCUGGAUGCCUCCCAGGAAAAGGUGUCAGCGCUGACCACCCAGCUGACUGCCAAUGCUCACCUCGUAGCAGCCUUUGAGCAGAGUCUGGGAAACAUGACCAUCAGGCUACAGAGCUUAACUAUGACUGCCGAGCAGAAGGAUUCCGAACUGAAUGAAUUAAGAAAAACCAUCGAGCUGUUAAAGAAACAGAAUGCCGCUGCCCAGGCUGCCAUUAAUGGAGUGAUUAACACGCCAGAGCUCAACUGCAAAGGAAAUGGCAGUGCCCAGGCUACAGACCUACGCAUCCGCAGGCAACACUCCUCUGACAGUGUUUCCAGCAUCAAUAGCGCCACCAGCCACUCGAGUGUAGGCAGCAACAUAGAGAGCGACUCAAAGAAAAAGAAGAGGAAAAACUGGUUACGCAGCUCCUUCAAGCAAGCUUUCGGAAAGAAGAAGUCCCCCAAGUCAGCGUCCUCUCACUCAGACAUCGAGGAGAUGACGGAUUCUUCAUUGCCUUCCUCACCCAAAUUGCCACACAACGGAUCCACAGGCUCUACCCCACUGCUGAGGAACGCCCACUCAAACUCUCUCAUUUCCGAGUGUAUGGACAGCGAAGCUGAGACGGUCAUGCAGCUGCGGAAUGAGCUGAGAGACAAGGAGAUGAAGCUGACGGACAUCCGCCUGGAAGCGCUCAGCUCUGCUCACCAGUUGGACCAGCUCCGAGAGGCCAUGAACAGGAUGCAGAGUGAAAUUGAGAAGCUGAAAGCAGAGAAUGACCGACUGAAGUCUGAGUCUCAAGGCAGUGGUUGCAGUCGGGCGCCCUCCCAGGUGUCCAUCUCCGCCUCCCCAAGGCAGUCUUUAGGGCUCUCCCAGCACAGCCUGAACCUCACAGAGUCUACUAGUCUAGACAUGUUGCUGGAUGACACUGGUGAAUGCUCGGCUCGGAAGGAAGGAGGCAGGCAUGUUAAGAUAGUUGUCAGCUUUCAGGAGGCAAUGAAGUGGAAGGAGGACUCCAGACCACACCUCUUCCUCAUUGGCUGCAUUGGAGUUAGUGGCAAAACAAAGUGGGACGUGCUCGAUGGGGUGGUUAGACGGCUGUUCAAAGAAUACAUUGUUCAUGUGGACCCAGUGAGUCAGCUGGGGCUGAAUUCAGACAGUGUUCUCGGCUACAGCAUUGGUGAGAUCAAGCGGAGCAACACCUCAGAGACCCCUGAGCUCCUCCCCUGUGGCUAUCUUGUGGGAGAGAACACCACCAUCUUGGUGACUGUCAAAGGGCUCACAGAAAACAGCCUGGAUUCUCUGGUGUUUGAGUCCCUGAUCCCUAAGCCCAUCCUGCAGCGCUAUGUAUCCCUGCUGACAGAGCACCGGCGCAUCAUCCUCUCGGGCCCCAGCGGCACUGGGAAAACCUACCUGGCCAACCGGCUCUCUGAGUACGUGGUACUUCGGGAAGGACGGGAGUUGACAGAUGGUGUCAUUGCAACCUUUAACGUGGACCACAAGUCUAGCAAGGAACUGCGCCAGUAUCUGUCCAACCUGGCCGACCAGUGCAACAGUGAGAACAACGCUGUGGACAUGCCUCUGGUCAUCAUCCUGGACAACCUGCACCACGUGAGCUCUCUGGGCGAGAUCUUCAACGGGCUGCUUAACUGCAAAUACCAUAAAUGCCCUUACAUCAUCGGCACGAUGAACCAGGCUACCUCUUCCACCCCCAAUCUGCAGCUUCAUCAUAACUUCAGGUGGGUGCUUUGUGCCAACCACACAGAGCCCGUGAAGGGUUUCCUCGGCCGCUUCCUGAGGAGGAAGCUCAUGGAGACAGAGAUCAGUGGGCGGGUGCGCAACGCCGAGCUGGUGAAAAUCAUCAACUGGAUCCCGAAGGUCUGGCAUCACCUCAACCGCUUCCUGGAGGCCCACAGCUCCUCGGAUGUCACCAUCGGUCCCCGGCUCUUCCUGUCGUGUCCCAUUGACGUGGAUGGUUCCAGAGUGUGGUUCACGGACCUGUGGAACUACUCCAUAAUCCCCUACCUCCUGGAAGCUGUCCGAGAAGGACUCCAGCUCUAUGGAAGGCGUGCCCCCUGGGAGGACCCCGCCAAGUGGGUCAUGGACACCUACCCGUGGGCCGCCAGCCCACAGCAGCACGAGUGGCCUCCCCUCCUGCAGCUCCGGCCUGAGGACGUGGGCUUCGAUGGCUACUCCCUGCCUCGGGAGGGCUCAACAAGCAAGCAGGUGCCCCCCAGCGACACGGAAGGAGACCCACUGAUGAACAUGCUGAUGCGGUUGCAGGAGGCAGCCAACUACUCCAGCCCCCAGAGCUACGACAGCGACUCCAACAGCAACAGCCACCAUGACGACAUCCUGGACUCGUCCCUGGAGUCCACCUUGUGACUGCCCCCCCCCCCCCAAUUUCCCUCGCUCCAUCCCACCCACAUCCUCCACUUCAUUCUGAAGAUGACUUCCUGAGCCAGUCCUGGCUGCCACAGCCUUGAAGCCAGAGCAGAGUAGCAGGAGCAGGAGACCCUCAGCCCUUGCUCUCUGCCCUUGCACGAGCAGCCCGGGACCUCUUCCUGCGACAGUGACAACUGUACUAGUUAGUCUCUCUGUCCUACCCUCAUCCUCGGUUUUUUGCCUUGUUGCCGUGACCUCCGUGAGACACUGAAAAUACUUCAUGGGAAAGGAUCCUCACCGUUGAAAUAUAAAGAGUUUAAAUGGGAAAUUUUAAAUGUAAGAUUCCGCUUGGUGCCCUGAAACCCAACAGCAUCCCUCCACAUACUACCCCCAGACAGAAAAGACUAAACCCAACAUGGAAACACAGACAGCAAGGCUUACUCCAACACAGACCUGCCAGCUUGGGUCUGGCCACCAGCACCCCAAAGCCAUGCCACCCACCCACCCUCCGUGGAAGAAUUGGUGCUAAUGAGGGCGCCUGCUUGGAGCGCCGCCACCCAGGGACGCCAAUACAUCACAUGUCUCUGUUUUCCACAUGGUGCUCUCCUUCCCGAGAGGUAUUCUGUCUGUUCCUGUACACCCCUUCCCCCCGUUUCUGGUCCAUCAUCCCCAAUGAUCCGUGAGAGCAAGUGGAGAUGCAAGAAUGUGAGUGAGCGGAUGGGGUAGCAGCACGGAAAAGCACGCCUGUUUCCUUCGUCUGUCUAAAUGGUCAGGUUUCUGUCCGCAAACACUGUGUACUGUACGGGUAGUUCUUUGGAGAGCUAUCAACCCCUGCCUGUGUCUGCCUUUCUUCCUGGUCGAUUGUGAAGGCCCCUCCCCCUCCCCCCACCCCACCCCAACUCUCUUGACCAGAAUUAGUCCUUCGGUGAGAGCAAGAGCUAAGUAGAAUUUGCCUCCUCCCUCAGCUUGGGUUUUCAGUGUCCAUUGUCACAGUUCUGGGUCCUUGAUACUUCCUUCCAGGGCUGUGUGGGCAUCUGUAUCCUUGCAUAUAGAUGAGGACCAGUUCUCCUGUGGGUGAGCCAUAAGUUCGCCUUUCCUCAUCUCUAAGCGCUGAGAACCCCACAUCAUCACCUCAGGCACCCCAGACCCCAGUAGCAGGAGGAGUUGACGAUGCCCCCUCACCAAACACUGGCAUUUUCCUCAGAUCCAACAUGACACAGCUUAGCCAGGGAGGGGCGGCCACCCUUCCCAGAAUCCCGGCCGUGCCUCCGUCCUGAUGAGCCUUGCCUGACCUCUUCGGUGCUGACCGCCCCCAUGCAAUGCCUUACUGGUUUUGUAAUGACCGUGUCCAUUCACAUGAGUGUGUGCCUGCCUGGGGUUUUGUGUGUGUGUGUGUGUGUGUGUGUGUGUUCCCCAUCGAAGUAAACAGGGCUAUAAGUCAUCUAUCCAUGAAGAGAACACAAGUUGCCGACUUCUCAUCUGAAAGAGUCUUUAGUGUGGAUGUAUGAUUUUGGAGAGAGAGAGAGAGAGAGAGAGAGAGAGAGAGAGAGAGAGAUGCUUUUUAGGCUAUCAGUCUCCAGCUAACACACUCACUGGACAGUGACCCCACAAGUCCAUGCAACCUUGCAGACUGGUACUCUCAGAGGCAUCCCCCAGUGUGCUGUGGCUUCAGCACACUGGUGUCUUCGCUGUAUGGAUGUCUUUGAGCUCUUUGUGUUUUAUAGAACUUUCCUGGCCCCACUGAGGGUGUCUCUGUUAACGAUCAGGGUUUUUAAUCUCAAAGAAUAGAAUCUUUACUCUUCUAUUCUUGAACGUUUGCCUCUUGGGUUCUUUUUGUUGUUGUUUGUUUGUUUGUUUGUUUUUUCCUUAGCCCAAGAACCCAAAACUGCUCAGUCGGAAUGGCACUGGUUUUCUUCCUCUUUAAAAGGAACGAUAAUGUGUCCUGGUAACUGGUAAAUAGAAUCAUAUCCACUCCCUGCUGUAACCCCAGACCCAGCCUGCCUUUGCUACUAGUUUGGAUGUGAGCGUGUCUUCAAUUUUGUUUGUAAUAAAAAUCUUAAACCACAUGUCUAGCCUGUGAUCAGGGCGAGACCCUGAGCCUUCCAGUGCCCCUGGAGGGUAGCCCUUCUCAGUCUUAUCCCCCAGCAACGGCCGUACACUCUCAUACUGUGAAUUUGGGAGGAAGGAAAAUCGAGCCCCUCCUUGACAUAGUUUUCUCAGUCACCUUAGGAGUACACCUCACCAACAUUGCUUAGAACUGUUUCCUUAAUGACACCCUCUCCCCACUCUCUACACCCAGACUCGCAAGGGCAAGCUGUGUCUCCCCCAUUGCUGCCUGACUUGGUUCUGUAACCCCUGAGUGCCUCCUGGCUCAGCCACCUUCCUGAAGCACUGGGAAGUGGGGCUGUCUGAAAGGCACAUUUCUGACUGGGUCAUGAUUUCCUUUCCUAUUCCCCUGACCUUGGACAAAGUGACUUUGUACUCAUUUAGAUCUCUGUCUGAAAUGCUUCCAUUUUGCCUUUUUCUAUAGAUAGGCUAAUUUUGAAAUGUAAGAAAUCCUAUGCAAUGCUGAGGUACCAGUGGGAGCCAAAAGUUUUCUUCCCAGGAGGCCAAGAAUUCUACAGAAGUCCUUUUAACUUAAGGUUGGGGAUGGGGUGGGAGUGUGACAAAGGCAAGACUUGCCCAGAUCUUCCUCUGGCCUUGGAGACAUUUUAAAUUUUAUUGUUUAAAUGCUCGACUUUUAAAAUUCUGUGUGCUCAAAUCUGACCAUGGCAAAUCUACUUCAAAAGCAAAACAAUCCAUCUUUGCAGAUAUCGAACUGAAUGGGAGGUUUGCUGUUUUGACCUGCUUGUCUGGAGCCGAGCGGUUUAUGAAACAUGUUCUAUAAGAUGUACAUUUUUUUUUCAUUGUAACAUAGAAAUUGUAAAUAAUCGAUGAAACUGCUGCAUUUUGAUGACCUUUUUCUAGCCAUUUUUAAAGAGAAAACUAGGAAUUGAGUAUUUUGUGUACGGUAUGUUCCCAUCACUCCUCCAUCCCCCUCCCCUCCCUAUUUAAUUCUCAUUUGUCAUCAGGUUUUUGGGUUUGAGAACAAUCCGCUGGAGAUCUGCCCCAUGUCACAGAGAAUAAAGCUGAUGAUUGUACCAGUCUUAAAUUAUUCAUGAGUCAAUAAACUUAAUGCUUAUUUAUUCAGA